UUUUUAGAACUCGAGAGCGCUUGCAGAUAUAUUUUAUGCCUCAGUGGAGGUUUGUGAAAUUAUAUCAAACAAAAUAUCCCAUAAACUUCUUGUAAGCGCUCAAAGCCCUAAACCCUGCCACAACCAUCCACCCACCACCACCACUGCCACCACCCUGUAGAUUUCAUUUUCCCUAGUAUCGGAUCAUCCUCCUUUGUCUCCCUCCUCUCCUCCUUUUGUUUUUUUUUGGAUAAUAGUGUGGAGAAAUGCAAGCUAUUCAUGGAAAGAUUCGACUGAUAGGGAGGCUGACCAUCAACAAUUUUAAAAAUGUUGAUCUCAAGAGAGCAGUGUGGGACAGUGCUGUCACUAGCUCGAGCACUCAUUUUGGUUCAAAUCCCUUAUGGUUGCAGGACGAGGAAACAAAUGCUUAUGUUCUUAAGAGGGGGAACAUACAUGGCUUGCUUUUAGUAUGGCCAACCUCAUUCUCUAAAGCAUAUCUCAAGGAGUUUGGUAGAGAAACUGGCUUCUUGAUGUCAUUCAAGAACAAUGGCAUGUCGAAAGGGGAAAAAUCUUGGACUGGGCCUGCACCGUGUUUAUCUCAAUUGGUUAGACUUGUGCCAACCAACAGGUGCUUCUCAACAAUUGGAAAUUCGGUCGAAUCUGCUCCUCAAGAUGCUUCUGUUACUACAUCGAACAUACCUACACGGAUCAAAUUUAAGAGGCUUGAUAAAACAGCAAGGCACAUAAUGCAGAUUCUUGAUAAGGAAGCAGUUGAGGGAGUGAAGUCAAAGAGAGAGAUUCCUGAAAUUAAACCUGGUUAUAUGGUCCAGCUCAAAGUGGAAGUACCUGAGAACAAAAGACGUGUUUCAGUAAUUAAAGGCAUAGUAAUAGCAAGACGAAAUUCUGGUAUCAGUACAACAUUUAGAUUGAGAAGACUUGUGGCUGGCGUUGGCGUUGAAUCCCUUUAUCAACUGUACUCGCCUAAUAUAAAGGAGAUUAAGGUACUGGACAAAAAGAAAGUGCGGAGGGCCAAGCUAUACUAUCUCAGGGACAAGAUGAAUGCACUUAAGAAAUAAUAGCACGUUGUCUAAGAUGAAAAGUGUAUGUGAAUUCAGAAAAUGUGUUGUUGUCCUGGUAAUCCUUGAUUGAGCCUUGACUUUUGGAUGUUCGGUUAGGAGGUAUCUGCUGACGACAAGGUCAAUUUCUGCAGAAAAUAUUACUUGGCUUGUACCCAUAACUUCAUCAAUGAACUUGAGAGGCAAAACUGAAUAGUCACAGGCUGACGAGACUAUGGUGUAGUGGCUAAAGUUGAGGUUCCAAAACUUGGGAGAUUCUGAGUUUAAAUUCCCUCUCCUUCCGCCCUCUUCCUGUUUCUUAAAUCUCAUUCCUGUUUCUUAAAUCUCAUCCCUUUUUUGCUAGGAGGAAAAAGGGAAAAAAGAGAAUAGCCAUAUUACUUAUUUGACAAUUUUAUACUUCAGUGUCAUAGUCAUUAUAGAGUUAAGCAGACAGUAGAUCUCUUUUUUGGAUAGCUUAAAACCAUUUUGCUUCCCAUUUCUUGAAGCAUAAUGUACUUCUGAAUCAGGCAACGAGCAUCA